CUGACUCUCAGAGAAUGAUAGAAGCCGAUUUCUAACGGAAAGCCUGACUAUGUGGCUUAUAUUUAGCGAUUUUUUGAGCAUCCUUUGAACUGUCUUGGUUAAACGAGCUGACAGUCGGAAUCAAAGAUAGCAGAGAUUCCUGUUACCGAGACACUGGAUAUCUCUGGUCUUGAUGUUCACACUAUGAUUGUCUCAGCUCACAUGUGAUUUCACAGGUGUUGUUAACUUGGCAGAUUGAGAGAAUAAGAGGCUGAUUAAGCGACAAGAGACGGCACAAUGCCGAUUCCUACCGGGAGACAGAACCCAUAUGCACUGGAGCCAGCAUACGGGCAUCAUGGUGCACAUCAUCCACAAGCAAUGAACGGUCACGGAGACAGAGGUCAGAUACCCAAUGGCUACCCUACUGGUCCUGGGCGCCAGAAUGGCAUUUCACAAGAAGGACCUUCCAGAGGAUCAAAUAAUAACAAUCACAAAAGUCAUUACGGGGUGUACGGAGACCCCAGGCAUACAGCAGAGAUGAGCAGAGACCCAAGGCACACAGCAGAGCAGAUGGGCAGAGACCCAAGGAGGCCUGCCUCGUACCCCAACGGUCACCCUCCACCAGAGCAUGAUCCCUCCAGGAGGCCCGUGUCCUACCAGCAGCAGCCACACCCUGAACCCCAGCCCCACCCUCAUGGGCACCACCACCACCAGCCACACCCCCAGCAGCAGCCACACCCCCAGCAACAGGCCCACCCACACCCACAGCAGCAGGCCCAUCAACCCUCCCAUCAUCAGCCACAGCCGCAGCAGAGAGCCAACCGGUUCCCUGUCGAGCAUCUCUACACAUUCGCCAUGGAUAAGAAAGAGGGCGUGGUUUCUGUAGAAGACGGUAUCCGCAAGCUGAGAUUACUGGAUGCGAAGGGCAAGAUCUGGUCCCAAGAUGUCAGACUGAUGGUCACCGAUAAAGAAGUGGUACUCAUGGAUGAAUAUACUCAGGAAACAUUAGAGGUGUUCCCAUUGCAGGACAUUGGAGCAAUCUCGGCCGAGCUGAAGCAGUGCAACUACGACAGUCUACUGGUCAUCAAUGUGAGAUAUAGCAACAAGCGAAUCCCAGAGAUGAUGAUGUUCCAGUGCGAACAGAUCCCGGCACCAGAGAUUGCCAGGUCACUCCAGAGGGCGGUAGAUUACUUUUCAUCGGGCAAGAAAAAGAAGCAACACAGGUCUGACAACUAUGGGAUGGUGGCAGGAGCUCAGGCCCACCCCCAGUCAGAUGACAGGAGAAUGCGCUACGACGGAGACACCAUGUACAUCCCUCCCCCUCCCGAUGAACCUGCCCCGCCCCCACCCAUCGAUGGCAACGUCAAGAACAAGGUUGCUGCCUUUGCUGCAGCCGCUGCAGCCGCUCAAGCCAAUGGGAAUGGUAUCUCACCACGGGGGUUCCAGUCUCCUAAAUCAGCCCCAGUGAGGUCCUCAGAGUCUGAGGAACCCAUUGAGUUGCUUGCUCAGAGGACAGAGAGGGACGUGGAGAUACUCAACCACUGUUUUGACGACAUCGAGGCAUUCAUCGGCAGACUCCAGAAAGCUGCCGAGGCGUACACGGAGCUAAGCCGGAGACGACAGACCAGGAAGAACCGCAGGAGGGAACACGGCGACGGCCUUCUCCUGGCCAGGUCCAGACCACCCACGGAUGGAGAAUAUAUCGAGUGCUUCCAGAAAUUCAAAUAUUGUUUUAAUCUACUGGCCAAGUUGAAGGCCCACAUCCACGACCCCAAUGCUCCCGAGCUGGUUCACUUCCUGUUGGUCCCUCUCAAGCUCAUCAUCCAGAGCUGUCAGGGUCCAGAGCUGGCUGCCAGCGUGGUCUCUCCCCUCCUCAGCCCCCAGGCCGUGGAUCUCCUGCAGAACUGCCUCACGUCCAGGCAGCACGAGCUCUGGAUGUCGCUGGGCAGGGCUUGGACUUUACCCUCAACUGAGUGGCCCAAGGACCGUCCCGUAUCUCGUUACGUCCCUCGAUUCCGUGAUGGCUGGAUCCCAAGGCCAAUUCUAGAACCUCAGACCGCUCCAGACUUCAACACCUCAGUGUUGGUCAAUAACGCAUCGGUAGCGGCCAGCGCUGCAGCGGUGGCUCGGGAGUCGCCUAGAAGACUAUCGGACAGGAGCGAUCAGCCUGAUGGCCCCAUUUUCGGUCACAACCACCAGAGACAACCUUCAAACGACAGUGGUGGCCAUAUCGCCAACGGACCGAUCAUCCACACCAACGUGCCUAAUGGUCACUCAAAUGGGCCUAAUGGUCACUCGAAUGGGCCCAAUGGUCACUCCAACGGUCCCAUCGGUCAUUCGCAGGGACCGCCCACUCACAUGAAUGGAAACGGUUAUCACCAGAGACAGUCAUCAGACUCCCUGGGGCACAGUCCAAGGGGUUCCGCCAUGCCUACUCCACCCCCUCCUGCCCCUAAGCCUGUAUCCAGUCCUGCACCCCCGGUGUCCAACCCCGUACCUACUAGACCCGGUGCUAAGACGGCAACGGCCAUCUUUGAUUUUGUAGCACGCAACUUUAAGGAGCUUACCAUCAUGGCUGAUGAACAGCUUGAGGUCCUGAAUGACACGCGUAAAUGGUGGGAGGUCAAGAAUACCUCGGGCCAGUCCGGUUAUGUGCCUUCCACCCUGCUCAAGCUGACUAGCUCCCCCUCCCCCAACACAAACACCAACUCAAACCACGUCCCAGAGCCCCCUCACAGCCUACCGCCCCCUCCUCCACAGAUGUCAACGUUCAAUGCCCCUCCCCCUCCUCCACCCCCUCCCCCAGCAAAUGGAACAGGACGGUCAAAUUCAACUCAGAGAGCUAACGGUAUGGACUUUGCUACCCAGCUCCAGAACACAUUGAAGAGCAAACAAUUCAAGCAACCUAAUGUACAGGAGCGAGCACCAACAUCCAGUAGUCAGUACGACACCCUUCAAGAGGAGCUGAAGAAUCGUGUAAGCAACGGAGGCAAGUCCAAGAACUACCGCGUCCCCAAACGAAGUAUUAGCGAUGUGACACUGACGUACGACUCGAGUAGGGACGAUGUGAAGAGGUGGCUUGAAUCCAAGGGCUUCAGUCCCAUGACUGUUCACAGUCUUGGAAUCUUGAAUGGUGCUCAGCUGUUCAGUCUUACCAAGGAAGAGCUACAGCAAGUCUGCCAUGACGAUGGAUCCAGAGUCUACUCUCAGCUCAUGAUCCAGAAAGCAGCUCUUCAGGAGCAGCAAAACGGGAAGUCUGAGCUUGACGCCAUUAUGAUGCAGCGCAAGUCUCGCGUGAUCGACGACGCCCUCCCCCCGCCCGAUUUCAUCCCGGUCCACCCCCCGGUGUUUGAUUCGCCGACAGAGGGGCCCCCAGACGUCCCAUGGUGAAGUUACUUGGAACAUGUCGCGACGCUUCUAGAACCUUCUAGCGCUAACAUGCUUGUCUGCUCAUCUUUGGUUCAUACGGCAGUUAAAAUCAGCUUAAUCCACCAUAUGCUUGGGGUUUUCAUGCAAUAGCCUUAUCCUCCACUUAACCCAUUCCCUAUUGGAACCAGGUGGCAAUGUAUUAAUCAUAUGGCAAUGAAUGAAUUCAAUAAUCAAUGGGUUAAAUGUGAAUAAUGUGAAAAUAAACUGCUUAUUCAUUAUCAUGGAUUGACAGAGGGGUUAAAGAAAGCUGCAUGUGCCUGAAGUACAGCGUUGUCUGAAUUUAUCCAUGCUUUUCCAUGUGCUUUAAUGUCCAAUGCUUUUGCUCUGUUUUCAUUUUGCUCUGCUCAUAAUGCUUACAAGUAAUGAAUCAGCAGCAUUCAUAAUGCUUAUGCUCACUAAGCUUAUGCUUAUUUGCUCUGUUCGGCUUCUCCAAUUUCAUCUGAGUUGAUCUGUAUGAGAGGAAUUCCCUGACCAAUUCCUUAAUUGGUGAUAUCACAAAAGUAAGAAAGUUCAUCAUUCAUGCAAUUGCUCCAAUGAUGUAAACCUGGGCACACAAUAAUGUGAUUUGGUGUUAGCCACUCCAGCUGUUGUGUAUUAAAUUUCCAUCUACUACGAGUUCAAAUUAUAGACUGCCACAUUGUUUUUGACUAUGUUAUAUAUACACAUUGCAUUUUGUGCAUAGUCAUACUCAUGCAGAUAUCAAAUUGGGAGCACAGUCGGCCAAAUAAUAUGCACACCAGGAGUUACACUAUUUCAUUUUACCAAACAUUUAAUGAAGAAAAGUUAAGAGCAGUGUUUUAAAAAAGCAAACAUUUUUAGCAGGAUGUUCAUACCAUUCCUUUUAUUAAGCUGUAGAUGAUACAAAUGUUUUAUAUUUACCAGUAUAAGACCACGCUUUUCAAGAAUACAUGCAUACAUUUGAAAAACAUUGUUAAUAUCUUGAAGAUUGAAGCCUUCUUAAAGUAAAAAUAGGGACAAAUCUAAAAUGUGUCAAUAAAAUAGCCAUAAAGACAAAUAGAAACAUUACGUGCUAUGUUAUUUGUAUAAGUGUAAGUGGUUACUGUAGUGCUGAAGAGAAUAAUGUAGUCCCAUUGUAUUCAUUCCAAUGUUAGUGAUUAUUACAGUACUCAUAUCUGUACUAAAUUUGUAUUCCACUAUGUUAUGGAUAAGUUUUCACAUACAGAAGAUACAUAUUUAAACAGUAGCACUUAUGUUUUCUGCUGUUCAUGUCAGCAAAUGAAUUGUAUUCAAGAUUAAUUUGUAUAUUUUGUUAAUGACAAUAUAAUACUAAUACUACUUUGACACUUGUAUAUUAUAUUUUUUACCAAUAGAAAAUCUAAAAUAUUGUAAAUUUGGAAUGUGUUGUAAACAGUUAUUAAACAGAAUAUAAAUUUGUGAUAUGAUCUUUACAAAUCGGUGCAUUUUUAAAACAAGAGAGGAAAAAUAUAUCAUUUUUAAGACUAUGAAGCGUUUAUGCUGAGCUGAAAAAGAAAAAAUCAGUUGAUAUUCUGAAUAAAUCUACCUUUGUACAUAUGAUUGAAAGUAGAGAUGUAAAUAGUCUGUUAUACAAUUUCAUUUAUGUUCCGAGGAAAAAACAUAUAUUCCCAAACAUUCUUACAAAUAUAUAUAUGCAUAUGCUCCCUCUAUAUAUACCAGUAUUCUGUGUGUUUUGUACAAUUGGGUUGUAUACAGAGGUUCAAUGCAAAUAAACCAUGUAAUUCAUACCUAUAUUUAUCAAUUAUAUAUUAAUUUGUGUAUUUAUAUUAGUCUAUGUAAAACAUUACAUUAGUGCCUAUUACAGAAUGUUAUGUACAUUUUUACCACAAAUGUCAUCUGUUGAGAGGCAGGAGGGCCUGAACUCAUACCACAGAGUUCAUACGUUUCCGGGCUCUGAACAUAUGGUGUGUUAAGAUUGUAAAUGAUUAUAUUUUUGGAAAGAGAGAGAAAGAAAUAGUUGAGGUGAUGUUGAUUGUCAUUGCUACAAAUUUGUUUAUAUUUGAUGUAAGUAAGGAUUUUCAUGGAGGAAUCGGUGCAUGUAUUCAAUUCCUUGUGGCUCGGAAGAUCCUCGCUAUAAAUUGAUAAAUGUUCUUCUUGAUAUCAAAUGAGAUAAUACCUUAUAUACCACAUGCAUACUGUAAGGUAUACUUAAAACUUAUUAUGUUAACUUACCAUAGACAUGUGAAAUAUAUAUAACUAUAUAUAGUUUUCAAUAUAUAUGCAACAUACUAUAAUGAUUAUAUCCAUCCAAUACAGUUACUCAAAUACAACAAAGAUAUAAAGCGGUGUAUACACAAAGAUUUGUAUUGCUCUUUCCUGAAAAAGGCCAUACUUGAUCCAAGACAAUCUAAAUGGAAUCACUACAGAGUGAGAUAUCUUAUAUACAGUGUACUGUUAUGUAAUAUGCUUAUUCUUGAUAUGAUAUGGAUAAAUUCAUGGUGUUUGGGUUCUUUGGGGGCCCUUCACACUAAGCCUAAUUCACAUUGCUAUCUCUUCAUGUGGAUGGUGUCAAUGGUGUUGGUACCAAGAAACAUUGACACCAUCCACAUGAAAAGAUAGCACUUUAAGCAUCACCAUGGCCUAUAAAGAGACUCCAUUCUUUAUUCCAUAGCUUUAGAUAUUGCUGAAGUUGUUAAAAAUACCUCAGAAAUUGUUUAUUUAAUUCCAUAAACAAAGUUACUACUAAAGUGACUCCUAAACUAGAAUAUUUUACACUCCUUAGUACUAAAGAUAUCAGUUUCCCCUAGUGAAAAUUGACCUUUUCUUGUUCCUUUUCAUAUACUUUGUUUCCUUUUUUGACAAAUGACAAUGCAAUCAUGCAUAUCAUAUGAUGUGAACGCACUUUUUUGCACACCUACACAAGAACAACUCAAAUUAUUAAACAUGUUUCAUGUCUAUUUGUUUAGCUUUUAAUUAUUCACUCAAACGUUAUGUUUCCCUUACCAAUAUGUUCUCAUCUGUGACAGUACCGAAGAAAAGAAAAGGCACCCAAACAUAAGUUGUGUAAACAUGUAAAUGUUAUUCUAUUUAGUUUAUAUUCACACACAUACUAUGUUUCCAAUACAGGUAUGAAUUCAAUUGUUUUUACUUAAUUGUAGGAAAACUACUUAAACGCAUUUUGUAAGCAUCUCGUAUAAGUUUGUACUCGUUUUGUAAGGUAACAAUAGAGUAUUCCUUGACAACGUUUUCCACAAGUGUGGGUUAACUUAUUUGCCAACCAAGUGCAAACGGCUUACUUAAAAAAAAACAUUUAACCUGUGAAGCUGUUAAAUCGUUCAUUAUGUUUGUUUUAAUUACAAGCCUGUUGUUAAAAUUUUGUCAUAUGCCCAAACGUUCGGUUAAAAUUUGUCAAUGUCUGUAUACUUGUUCUUCUAUCUUUAUUCUCUGCGGUUUGAUAAGAAUAUAAAACCGGGAGAAUUAUUUGUUGUAUUACUUAUGUUAUCGCAUUCUCAAUCUUUAGCAUUUUCCUUACAAACUAUUUGUUAAAUCCUUCAAAACCUCAUAGUAUUUUUGUAGAUUUGAAAUUAUAUGAAAAGAUAAUGUGUAUACUUAAUCCAUGAAUAGAUUUAAGAAAGAAAUUAAAUAAGUAUCCCAUAUAUCUAUAUCUAUAUCUGAAUAGUUAUUGAAUUUCUUUUCUUAGAAAGGUAUGUACGACAAUUUAAGUUGAAUAAACAUUGCAGUGGCCGCGUUCUAUAACGGUCUCUUGUUUUUAUUUGUAAUGUUGGAUAUCUCUGAAAGAAUGUAAAUAGUCUGUUAUAGACAGUAUACGCAUAUAGUAUUAUAUUGCUCAUUAGACAGAGGCCUGCCUUCUUUUGUAAUGAAAUAUCAAAGUGGAUUAUCAAAUCAAAGUUAUUACAAUGUUGAGCAGAAAGACUAGUAUUGAUUCAGAAAAUGAUAUUUCUGUACAUAAAAUUAUGAUAUAUCAUUAUUAAAGAUAUGGAGAUUAUCUAGCCAUAUUUUUAGUUCCUUCUUUUUUGUUAAAUGAUAUUUGUGGGGAGUAAACUACUGAUGGUUUGUCUUGAACAAUUUCUAUAUUUUGUCUCCAUUUUUUCUGAGGAAACAAAAUGAUCGUACUAACGUAUUAACCUUAUACUUAUGUAAAUAAAGAUUGUUAAGUUUUCCCUUUGAGAGUUUAUCACAGAAAAUGUAUGUGUAUCCAUUUUGAAUACACCUCCAAAAGAAUGAUGAAUAUUUACUGCAAAAGACAGAUGUGCAUGUAAAGCAUAUAGGGCACAUAUUAUUUCUAAUAAUUUCACAGUUAUUUUGAUUUAAACAAAAUCAAUGUGCCUUUUACGUAGAGACUAUGUACGUUACGAUACGGUUAACAGAAGGGGCUGAAUGGGUUUAAACAAUGAUGCUGUAUGUAUAAGAUGAAAGUAGACAUUUCUGAUUUAUUACAAUUUGUUGUUGUUUUAAUAUUUUUUUAAGUGUCAAUUAUUCACAUAAGUUUAUUAUGCUUUUAUUUAAAACCAGGCACGUGAUUUUUUUUAAAUGAGGUUUUAGCAUUUGAAGUAUGUAUACGUUACGUUUAUUCCAAAAAUGUACCUUGUUCAUGUCCUUAAAUGUAUGUAUUCCAUCAUUUUAUGUACUUUUUACGUGGUAAAAUGUCAAAAAUCUGUUUUCAACUUUCUUUUCCAAUGCUAGUAACGUGUAUUGUAAUUAUCAUGAUAUCAGUGCGGGCAGAUUAAAUUGUAUUAUUACACUCGUA